UUGUGCGCGUCAGUUACGGGAGGCUCAUUAACGUUAAUACGAAGAGACGUGCCCUUUGUGGCUCAACUACCACUCAUGCGCUACUCGGGCAGAGAUCUAAUUAAGCACGCUGGUUCCUUUUAGAACACACCAAACAAAAAUAAUUGGAUUGCAUACCUGAGGAAUAGAGGUGCGCGGCAACACUGGCUGAAACAUUACUCUUUGGAGCUAAUGCCGUGGCUUCAAAUUACUUAUUUUUGCAGUCUGGAAAAAUAAACCCAAUCUAGGUUAAGAUAAAAGGAGACUAAUAAUAGCUCUUGCGGUUCUUAAAGUAGGAUUUCCUAAGAGGUUUUCAAGGACGCAGGUAUAAGACAUUUUGUAUCGGCCGAGGAAUUGCCCUGAACAAGCGACUGAAUUGAUUACGACGAUCUGACCCAUCCUGCUGACCCGCGCUUCGGUCUAAGGACCCAUGCUGGCGGGAAUCCUGCUCCAGGGGAGGGCGAGGCAGCGGCAACUGGUUUCCCACGGUGUAUCUCCCAUGCUCGCAGGACAAUAUAUGAUGAACAAAUCUACCUUCAGCAAAAUUGAAGAAAACAGAGACAACAAGACACUGUCAACAGAGAAAGGGCGAGCCGCUAUUGUUUUCUCCCUGAAGAAUGAAGUUGGCGGGCUUGUUAAAGCUCUGAAACUUUUUCAGGAGAAUCACGUCAAUCUUGUCCACAUCGAGUCCCGGAAGUCCAAGAGGCGUAACUCAGAGUUUGAGAUCUUCGUGGACUGCGACAGCAACCACGAGCAGCUGAAUGAGAUCAUUCAGCUGCUUCGAAAGCACGUGAGCGUCAUUGAGAUGGAUCCACCUGACAACUCCUGUCUGUCUGAGGAAGAAAUGCACAGUGUGCCCUGGUUCCCGAAGAAGAUUUCUGAUUUGGACAAGUGUGCCAACCGUGUCCUGAUGUAUGGUUCCGACCUGGACGCUGAUCACCCGGGUUUCAAGGACAAUGUCUACCGCAAGAGGAGAAAGCACUUUGCUGAUCUGGCCAUGGGCUACAAACAUGGGGACCCCAUCCCUCACAUCGAGUUCACAGAGGAGGAGGUGAAGACGUGGGGCGUGGUGUUCCGGGAGCUGAACAAGCUGUACCCCACCCACGCCUGCCAGGAGUACCUGAAGAACCUGCCUCUGCUGACCCAGCACUGUGACUGCCGCGAGGACAACAUUCCCCAGCUGGAGGACGUCUCCCGGUUCCUCAGGGAGCGUACAGGUUUUACCAUUCGCCCAGUGGCCGGCUAUCUGUCCCCCCGGGACUUCCUGGCGGGCCUGGCGUUCCGGGUUUUCCACUGCACCCAGUACAUUCGGCACAGCUCGGACCCACUCUACACCCCCGAGCCGGAUACUUGCCAUGAGCUGCUUGGUCAUGUCCCUCUGCUGGCAGAGCCCAGCUUUGCGCAGUUCUCCCAGGAGAUCGGCCUGGCUUCACUUGGGGCGUCCGAUGACUCUGUGCAGAAGCUGGCUACGUGCUACUUCUUCACCGUGGAGUUCGGGCUGUGUAAACAGGAGGGGAAACUGCAAGCGUAUGGAGCCGGUCUACUGUCAUCUAUCAGCGAGCUCAAGCACGCCCUCUCUGGGAACGCAAAAAUCCUGCCCUUUGACCCCUCAGUCACAUGUAAACAGGAGUGUAUAAUCACCACCUUCCAAGAUGUCUACUUUGUGUCAGACAGCUUUGAAGAGGCCAAGGUCAAGAUGAGGGAGUUUGCGAAGACCAUCAAGAGGCCGUUCACUGUGCGCUACAACCCGUACACUCAGAGCGUGGACGUGCUGAAGGACACCACCAGCAUCAACAGCGUGGUGGAGGAGCUGCGUCACGAGCUAGACAUCGUGGGCGACGCACUCAACCGACUCAACAAGCAGCUGGGUGUCUGAGCCGCUCCAAUCGCCCCGUUAACACUCCACCAAUCUGCAAAGUGUAAUACCUAAACACCGUAGGGUUUCCAUCACUCAUUUCUGACAAAACAUUCAGCCUAAUGUGCAUUUCUUGUGUGUUUUGACUCGAAGCCUGAAUGAACAGUAUAUUAAGGCUGUUAAUAUCACUGCUUUAACUCUAUUCUGCAAGGAUGCUUAAUUUAAGAUAACAACCUGAUCGGUCACUAUUGCCUGAUUUUUAUCCUGCUAACGCUGCUGUGAUUCAUUUCUGGUGACACGGUUUGACUCUGGGAGUGCUACUGGUUAUGAGCUGACUAUAAGAAGGAGAAGCCCAUGAAUUCACAUCCAGCAUAUUCACAUACUUGCAAUGGCUGAUGCGGUAGUGCCUUGCUAUUGUCUCUCUCUGUGGUCACAUGAUAAAUGAGAAGGUGUCUACAGCCACCUCUAAAAACAAAGAAUGGACUCUUUUCAGAGAUAAUGGGCUCUAAUGUAAUGGUCUGAGCAUGGUCUAAAGCGCAAUGCGCAAGUGGAUUUAGAGUGUGGACUCUUGCCCGUUUAAUGUAUAUUUAAAUACUCUUGCAAUCUGCAAAUCUGCAUUUGAUGAACGAAGGACUGAAUCUAUUCACUUAAUAAAUAAAUGCUUUUUCGGUUUUCUGUAACUUUCAAUAUUCAAAAUUAAAUAUUCUCUGUGACAAAUACCCAGCCUUAUUCAUAAAGCAAAGGCUUUCAGCUUAAUCAAAAUAGCAAUAUGCUGACCAAUACCAAGACCACACCUCAUUUUAAGAGGGUAAUUUGCAAGUUUAACAGUGUAGGUGAUGGAUGGGAAAAUGACGACUGCAUCUGUGUGAAACUAGCGCUAGCUCUUACGCUUGCCUUUAGGUUACCAUCACGCUGCGCUAAGUCCAAGAGCCCUGCAUCUCAGGACUGACAAUACCUCAAAGAGGACAAUGCCAGGCUGCUCUGGUCUGCAUGGUUUGUGAAAUUAUUUAUUGAUCAUUCAAUAGAAAAACCUUUAUUAGAUUAAAUGGGCUUUGGAGCUCACAUGGAUGAAUAAAAAAAAUUUUUUUUAAUUAAAAAUAAUUUACUUCUGCAGUCAGCAGCUUGGAGUUUGUAUGCCAAUUCUAAACAUAUUUGCUAUUUUUCUACAUGAAUAUUUGCUGCUUAACAUGAAUAAAAAUUAUUAUUAUUAUUUUUAAGUAAAAUAUUAAAAGGAGAACUUGCGGAUCCCAUAAAGAAUAUUAUAUUACCUGUGCCUAGUGGUUAUUUUCCUUUCAGUGGUGUUGACAGACCUUUCUGUAGUGUGUGCACUGUACCAUUUCCUGCAAAUAUGCUUUUAGAAAGGAACAGCUGCCAGCUUGGUUGUCAUGUUAAAGUGUUGACAGCUGGAGGAAGGCGGGCUCAUGUUGUAUUUAUCUUUCUUUCAGAAAGCUGUUUCAUUCCACUCUGUAUUUCCAUAUUGCGCAUUAAAGGGAUGUUCUUUUUUCUGUCUGUUAAAAGCAUGAAGAUAAAAAUAAUACUUUGAAUGGUUUUUGUAGCGUGCACAUUUUUGUGGAAGAGAUUUUGUAAAAUUCUCUGUUGACCUUUUAAAUUGUUUGGUCACAAGAAUGCAACUGUGAUUGUAACUUUGGUCAAAAGCACUACAAUUGCACUGCGUAAGAUAUUGGGAGGAAAUUAUGGUAUUUACUAUUUGUAAUGAAAAGAUAUGCUCCUCUUGAGAAGCUGAAAACAUCCUGAUUCAGGAGCCCUAUCUAUUGUCAAUAAAAAUGGACUUGUGUCCAUCAUGUAAUAUCUUUAUGUUUACUUGCUAUUCUUACCCAUAUGCAGUUAUUUAAUUUUAUCUUUGAAAAAUCAUGAUGUUGUUUAAGUCCUAUUUGAGUCUACUACUAUAUUUCAAUUGUCUUGUUGAAAAUAACAUUUGUACUUGCAUAAUAAUCAUAAUAUCCCUGAGUUAUAGAGUGGCAGUUCAUUUUUUAUUUUAGUUUUCUUCAUACGUGUAAUGUGUAAUGCAAUUAUAUAGUCUUCAUGUACAAUAUAUGUCCAAAAUAAAGUCUUGAUGUCCA